UUAAAGUAAUGCCAUUCAGUACGAACAAGCCACCCUAAACCCUACUCCGAAGUCGAGCGAGGAAAAAUUAACUGAUUCAGCCAUGGCGAUAAUCUCUGAUUUCCACGAGGAAGAGAAGGAUGAGUCUCUGGCCAAAGCAUCUGCUUCGUCUUCGUCUUCCCAGCCCUCGACCUUUAGUGCUAAAUUUGAUCCUUCCAAUCCAAUGGAUUUUCUGGAGAAGGUCUUCGACUUCGUCGCCCAAGAAAGUGAAUUUCUUGGAAAUGAGACUGCUGAAAAGGUGAUCGCAUCGGUUGUACGAGGUGCAAAGGAGAAGAAGAAGAAGAAGAGAGAGGAGCAGAAGGCCUCCGAGGAGAGGUUGAAAGCUGAGAAAAGAUUGAAGGAAGAGAAGGUUGAAGCAAAGCAAGAGAAGGAUGAAAAACGCGAGGAUAAGAAAGAGGAAAGUAGCUCUAGAGUUCCUAACAAAGGUAAUGGCUUGGAUCUGGAGAAAUAUUCUUGGACUCAGACUCUCCAGGAGGUCAAUGUAAUUGUUCCAGUACCAAAUGGAACCAAAUCAAGGUUUGUUGUCUGUGAGAUAAAGAAGAAUCACCUUAAGGUUGGACUGAAGGGACAGCCUCCAAUUAUUGAUGGGGAGCUACAUAACUCAGUCAAGCCUGAUGACUGCUAUUGGAGCAUAGAGGAUCAAAAGUCUGUUUCUAUACUUUUGACCAAGCAUGAUCAAAUGAACUGGUGGAAGUGUCUGGUAAAAGGUGACCCUGAAAUUGACACACAAAAAGUUGAACCUGAAAACAGCAAACUGUCUGACCUGGAUCCAGAGACACGACAGACUGUUGAAAAGAUGAUGUUUGAUCAGAGGCAGAAGUCUAUGGGCCUCCCGACCAGCGAUGAGCUCCAAAAACAGGAAAUUUUAAAGAAGUUCAUGGCGGAGCAUCCGGAGAUGGACUUCUCAAGGGCUAAAAUUUCAUAGUGGACUCGUAUUGCUGUUGGCAUGCUUUUUUCCAUGGUCUGAUGUGGCAUGAUGGCUUCUGUUUUGUGGUCCCUGGGUUUCUGUCUUCUGUAUUCCGUGCAGAUGCUCUCUUGGGUCGAGGGGGAUGAGCCUCUUCAAUUUUUUUUUUUUUUUUUGAUGUCUAGAUGGCUAAUAUGAAGCGUAGCAUUUUUAAUGGAUUUACUCGAGGGUUAUUUUGUCCGGUUGUUUCUUCUCUGUGCUGCGUGGUCUAAAGGUUAGACCUAACGUUUAGGUUGUAGGAGUGCUUUUGGGGGAUUUAUGUUCGCAACUCUAUUUCGUAGACUUUAAGAUUGGCAGAUUAACUUGUUACAUAAAUAGGCUUUCGGAGUUUGGCCCA